CUUACCAGAUAAAAAUCUCAUCAAUAAGUUCCUGAAAGAUUAUGUCCGUCCUUACAUUGAGGGUCUGCAAAGCCCCGACGGUCCCGUAUUCCGGGUUAUGAAUGACGAACAAGAUAUGACAAAGUUCAUUAAAGAAAAAGUCGAAGAUAUGAAGCCAGUGUUGCAAGAUGAUUACACCCCCACCGAUGAUGGUAAGCUAACCCUGGAAGGAGAUGAUGAAACAACCAUCAUAGAGUUCGUUCCCCAUGCCAAUAAGAGAGUCAAAGGGGACAAAAAAACAAACGCAUUUAAAGAAAAAAUCGAAAAAUACAAAAAGUUACGUAACAAAAUUAAAAAAGCUUUGAAGAAAGAACACGUUUCCAACAAAACCAAGAAUCUAGUUACUAAAACUUUAGACGAAAUGAUUGCGCAGAUGAUAGGACAUCAAUGUACUUGGAAGAGAGAUACUAACUUCAGAGGGACAAUGUUCAAGGCGAGUAGACACGACCGAUCGGGAGUUCUUCAACUAUCAAAGGUCUGGAAAGAACUUUGGGACAAACUCAAACGGGAAUAUUUGAAAGUGGAAUCGAAGACUGACAGCAGACAAGAAAAGUUCUUGAAUAAGUUCCAAAAUAUAGUGUCGGGUAUGACGAACGAUUUGAGAACAGUGCUCGACAAGUAUAAUGUUGUAUGUGGUGUUAUCAACGAAUAUGGACAUCAAUAUAAUCAGCAAUUAAAUAACAUAAUCAGAACGGACAACAAGAACCCAGAAACGAAUUUAAAGGAAGCGGCAGAGGAGGGUCUUCGAGGCCACAAAUACGACGAAAAAGUGCCGUGUAACAAUUUCAAAGUAUGCUCUCAAGAACUAACGGAAUUCUUAAUAGACUUCUAUAAAAACUUGAACGACACUGCUGUGAGUGUUGUGAAAAAUUAUGCAGCAAUGUUCUUACGAGACGUAAGCGAUGACGGUUAUCAUGAAAAAGAACGUAUUGUUGGACUCAUUGUUAAAGUUUCCAGCGCAGCCGAAGAAAAAGUAAAGUCUAUAUUUAAAAAGCAGCUAGAGAAAUUAAAACUGGACAGCAAUAAAAACGACUACGCAAACAUGAGAAUAAUCAGCAAAUACAUCGAGAAAACAAUAUUACGUGUUAAAAAGCAGAUCCACGCUUUAAUAAUACCAAAAUUGUCUUCGGUGAGGGAAAAACUGGUGCAAACUAUAAGAAAAGAUAUUGACGUGAACAUGGACGUUGAUUUGGGUAACUUGGAGAGAGAAAUUAAUAAUAAGAUGUGUCCGAAUUUUGAGAUUUGCAAUGGUAAGUAUUUUGGUGCUAGAAGAGGAGGUUACGUAGGAGACAGGAACAACGUAUAUGUUAAAGUACAGCUUGACUUAGAUGACUCGAAUGACACAUCGGCCGCUUAUGAGAAAUUGAGACAAAGCGAUGUAGUUAACAGGAAUACUUCCUACAAAAGUUUCAAGGUGUAUUUCACCAAGACUUCAUCAUAUUUGAAUGUUACAAGGACAGCGCCACGGAUAAUGUUGCGAAUCGAACCGUUAGGUCAUACGACUAAGACUGAAAAAGAUUUACACAAAGAAAAUAAUUUUAGGAGUGAGAAAGAACGGGAAGUUGGAACCGGCAAAAGUAAGUCAAUAACGUUCAAAGAUAGGAUAGAAAAAGGGUACAAUGUUGAAGAAAAUGAAAUUAUGGAUAAUUCAAGUGAUGAUGAAAAAGGUCGCUUUAAAGAUAAGCAAACAAAAAUAAGGGAACGUCUGAGCAAGUUAAAAGACUAACCAAACAGCCCGUUAGGAAA